GCCCCCUCUAUUCGCCGCCUCAAAAAGACAUAGAAAAGCUCCCAAGUUUUCCGGCCGAAAUUGGUCUAAUCCACAAAAUUGCAGGCCGGACGUUCAAAUUUUCCGGCCAAAACCUAGUUUCUUUUGAAAUUAAGGCCAAAAAGAUUACUCCCCAAAAUUUCCGGCUAAAAAACCAGUCCCUCCCAAAACUUUCGGUGGAAAAGGACUUCCCCCCAAAAUUUCCAGCCAAAUAUCCGGUCUAUCUCGAGAAUUCUGGCUGGAAAAGGAGUAUCCACCAAAAUUUCUAGCCAAAAAAGCCUUUCUUCCGUUGUUUCCGCCCAAAAAACCAGUCCCUGUAAAAGUUUCCGGCCAAAAUAGGAGUGCCCACCAAAAUUUCCGUCCAAAAAAACUAUUCUCUUUUAGAAAUUCCAGUAUAACACUGAUUUUUUUGGCCAAAAGGGGGCUGGCCUUCGAAAAUUCUGGUAAAGAAUCAGUGUUUCUCUCAAUAACUCGGGCAAAAAACCAGUUUUCUCAGACACAAACCCACCUUUAGUUCGGGUUCAAAUUUUUCUCUCUCUGCAACUCGCUGGAAAAAUCAGACCUGAGUUGGACCCACCGGAGAAAACUAGACUUCUGGAUUACGCCAAAAACCCACCGAAUUCCAGUGUUUGGAUUUUGGUUCCUCUCUCUCAGAAAAACCCAUCAGUAACAACUCGAGUCCUGAAGUUCCCGUCUAAAACCCACCAUAAAUUCUAGUCCUUAAGUUUCUCUCUCUCUCUCUCUAACAUAGUAUCUUUCCCUCCCUCUCCUAAAUUGCCCCAUUUGCAUCUUUCUCUCUCUCUCUCUAGACUUGCAUCCAUGGCAGACUCAGACAACGAAUCGGGGGGCCAGAUGAACAGCGGACCGGGAAACAGUGAAUUCUCUCCUCGAGAGCAAGACCGCUUCCUCCCCAUCGCCAACGUGAGCCGAAUUAUGAAGAAAGCUCUCCCUGCAAAUGCAAAGAUCUCCAAAGACGCAAAAGAAACAGUUCAAGAAUGCGUCUCCGAGUUCAUAAGCUUCAUAACAGGGGAAGCCUCUGAUAAAUGUCAGAGAGAGAAGAGGAAGACUAUUAAUGGGGAUGAUUUGCUUUGGGCCAUGACCACUCUCGGGUUUGAAGAGUAUGUUGAGCCAUUGAAGAGUUACCUGCAAAAGUUUAGAGAGAUGGAGGGGGAGAAGAGCAAUAUGGGGAGGAGUGAGAAAGAGGGAGGUGGGGGCAAUGGAGCCAAUAGUAACAGUAGUGGUGGCAAUCCAAUGGGGAACAAUAAUGGGGGUGGGUAUAAUGGGGGAAUGUAUACUGGUGUGCCAUUGAUGAUGUUUGAGCAGCAACAACAACAGCAACAGCAACAAAGCAAUAGGUUAUUGGGUUCUUCCUCUUCUUAUCAGAUGGGUGGGAAGAGUGGGUCUUCUGGUGUUCCUGGUCAUGCAAGGCAUGGGAGGUGAAGUUUUGGAUCAAGAAUUUGAGGUCAUCUCUCUUGCUUUUGCUCUCAUGUUGAUGGAUUACUUUCAAUUGCUCCCUCUCUCUAAUGGGCUACUCUCUGUGGAAACAGUAAGCAAACCUUAAUAUCUGUCUCUCUGUGUACCCCAAAAUACCUCUCUCCCUCUCUUGCAGACAAACCAUAGGAUCUCUCAUCCUCUCUCUCUCUCUCUAAAUGACAGAAAGCAUGACACUCUCUCUCUGGGGUUUCUAUCUUCUCUUAUUGAUUACAGUUACUUAUCAAUUUUCUUUUUUCGUUUUUUGGAUGGUGUAAUUUGAAGUGGAGUUGUAGAUUUGUAUCAUAUGUAAGUUUUGUUUUUCUUUGACGGGUACAUGUAAUUAAGGAAGAUGAUGAAGUGGUUAACAUUUUGCUUCACCCUCUUUAUUUGGUUUUGUUUCUUUUUUCUUCUUCUUUUCAUAUCUUUUUUGUUCGAGGGAAGUGUAGUUUGAAUUGCAGGUGAACGUCUGUCUGAUAUGUACUUUUUGGUUCAUUGAUGAUAAUGAAGAAGACGAAGCAUUCAAGAA